AUGAGGCCCACUGCACCGAGCACCGAGCCAGAGGCCGUGUCCCUGGUGUCAUUGUCGUGCGACAAGACGGUUCGAGAUCUUGAACGAGACUUUAUUCGGCAAUCACGAGAAUAUCAGAAGAAGAUCGAGUCGACCACCACAAGCUUCGUGCGCAAACCUAUUGCUUUUGGUACGACGCGAUUCUAUCAGGUCAUGCUGCGGGAAUGGGACCUAUUCGCUUCCGAGUACAACGGUCCCAAAGAUCCUGCCAACCUCAAAACCGCCAAAGAUUUCAUCCUCUUCUUCAGCAGUGGCCGGAAAGGCCGCAACGAACCGGGCGGUCGCCUGACGGUGGCCUACACCUACACCGCUUGGAAGUCGUUCAUGGCCGCAUGGGGUCGCAUGCACCACACGUCAUUUUCCAAGAGCCACCAAGAUACCAUCCUCAACUUCAUCAACGGUGGAGAGAAGUCGGGCGCUCCUGACCUUUCUCGCAAGGCACGUGCCAGUCGUAACUUCACCAGGGACGAUUUCUUGGUGUGCGUCCAACAAUUGUGGCAAAACGACUGGCACGAUUUCGUUCACGAACGCUAUCGAGCCGGUCUGCAUCUGCUGCUCCUGCUCCACUGCAACACAUCCGGUCGUCGCGCCGAGUACGAGAAGGAGUUGACGUACGCCGAUAUAUCCUUGGCGGUGGUCUGGUUGGACGGCACCGACCAAUCCCAGCUGAUUAUCGACUUCAGACGGACGAAAGCGAAGGGUCUCCAGAACUAUGAACGAGAACAGCCCCAGCACAUGCUGUACGAGCUAGUAGGCCUCCCAUUCUAUUGCAACAGUAUUGCCUUCUUCAUCGCCGCGGCGCUAGCGGAUCAAGUGCUACGCCACUACCAUACAUGGGAUGAGGUCUGCGCCAUCCCGCGACCGUCUCAACAAAAGCAUGUCAUUCUUGAGUAUGUGCCGGAGAAGAGCCAUUGGCCACUGUUCCCUCGCAGCUCAUUGGCAGGACAUCUGGUCCACAGUCGAAGCUCCGCCUCUUUGACAUCCAAGGCACUGCUCGAUUUGGGCUUUCGAGCCGGCUUUCGAGACCACUUGACGCUGCAUGCUGCUCGACGCGAGGUCCUCAUGCAAGUCGACAACUAUGGCUAUUCUUGCAACGAGCGAAUGCGUUUCGCUGCCCACAUCAACCCCAACACCUAUCGCCGAUCGUACCAAACGUCGAUCCCACUGGUCGAUGGACAGGCGUCGUACUUUCAGUAUGAACCCCGCAACGUGGAGCUACAUGCACUCAGGAGGGGAUACUCGUGGCGUCGUAAUCCUCAUCACCAACCCAAGCUCAAGGAGGCGACCCGGAUUGCUGUACAAGAGGACAUCAGCGACGAGGAACGAGAGAUCGUUGAGUCCCUCUGCAGUGACCCGGUCAAACGUCAGAAGCUGUACGACCAGCGACGACACCACCGAGACCUUCUCUUGCGCGAGCAGAGCUCGGCCGCACCACCGCCCGAUGGUCGGCCGUAUGAGUCCGACUUUAGCCAGACCCGGAAGCUGAUGCCUGAGAGAGAUCGGCUGGCCACCAACCUCUUCCGUGAGGGAAGUCUCCGAGACGAGACAGGUCGUGCGAUCAUGAAUGACUUGAUCCAACUGUGUCGGCAGGAAAUGCCAAACACAUACUGCUCGGGUCUCAACCCGUCAGGUUCCCAUUGCAAUACAUGUGGGGAGGAGGUCACUCCUGGCAAAGAGUACGGGUGGUGGUCCCACCUCUAUCGAUGUCGAAAGAGAGUCAUCUGCAAUCACAGUGGCUUUGCUGAGUUCUGUUUCUUGUGCUUCGUCUGGUACGAUGAUCAUGAUGCAUGGGAGCAGCACAGUCGAGAGCAUUUGCAGGACUUGCCUCUGAAAUGCAACAUGGUGGUCUUCCGUCACAAUGUGGUGCGACCAGCACUGUGUCCGGCGUGCCUGGGUGAGGGGAAGUUUCGGCAGUUUGUCAGCCUGACCACCUGGAAGAAUCAUCUUCAAGAUCACAUCCUACACGAGAAUGUGCAAUCAUGCCCACACCCGCAGUGUGAACCUGUACUCGGGCACAAGGACAAAACUGUGCUCUUGAAUCAUCUGGCUGACGCACAUGAGAUACGCUUCGAACAUAGAAAAAGACAAAGGGCCGUCAGCUCUACCGCCUCGCAGCCAGCUGAGAAAGUGCCGAGGAAUUUCUCAUUCGUUCAUGUCGACGCUAAUGAAUACCAAAGGACUCAUGCCGAGAUCGACACUAACAGGGACAGCCUCCACCAGACCUGUGAGAAAUCAGCCACGCCUCAGGAAGUGGUGCCAUCGGAGGCUCAAGCUGGUCAUGAGGCAAUGACAGCGAACGAACAAGAAGUCAGCUGUACGAAAGUUGGAUCGGGAGAAUCGUGUCGAGACGACGGUGCUGAUGGUUUUGGGAUGGUCAUGUACGAGGUCGAGGACAAUGUGCUUAUGGAAGAUUACGAGCAUGUAAGCGAAGCUGAAAUUUGGCAAGGAUUGGAGGAAUCAGAGCAAACACGGAUUCGGAGACAGCCAGGCUUGGUGAUCAAGGUGCCGCCUGUACCUGAAUCGUGGAAUAGCUCCACGAUACCCCGCAUUGAGUCACUGGAAGCGGAAAGACCGAGCCAACCAAAGUCGGCGAAGCAGUCUUCUCGUGGCCGGCCUCCAGGCUCUCGCAACCGGAAAACAUUACGUCGGACACGACGGAAGGCUACCAUAACCAAAACCCGCUCAUCCCUGGAUUUAUCAGUGGGUAGCUGA